UGAUCGAGUCUGACAAAAAUAGCACGUCGCUGCCGUCAGAAGAACGAUCUCGUCGGCAUCAGAUGUUCAUCAUUAUUUUGCCGUCACCGUAACGAAUUUCCGAUCGAUAUCUCUGAAUCAACGUACAAGUUCUUCACGCCUGAGAGUCGCCCGAACUCUUCGCCCUCUAUCACUCAACGCGAAAGCAAGGGGAAAAAGGAAAGAAGGCCCUUAUAGUUCCUCGUUGCUGGUCUAAGCUUUCGGGUGUAACUUCCAACUGUUUCCCGUUUCCGGCGAUUGAUUAUCCUCCGCUAAUCUUAUCCCAUCGAGCUUUGCCGUUCCAGGAUAGUGAUCGCGAUGUCGGUGCGGACAGUAAAAGUCAGCAAUAUUUCCUUGGGAGCAACAGAGCAAGAUAUCAAGGAGUUCUUUUCCUUUUCUGGUGAUAUUGAAUAUGUUGAAAUGAAAAGUGACAAUGAACGGUCUCAAACUGCAUACGUUACCUUUAAGGACAGUCAGGGGGCUGAAACUGCGGUCCUUCUUUCGGGUGCAACAAUAGUGGAUUUGUCUGUCACAAUAACUCCGGCACCAGAUUACCAACUGCCACCUGCUGCUUCUAUUCCACCCCCAGAAAAUGAAAGCAAGGUUCCUCCUGGUGGUUCUGAAUCUGCUGUCAAAAGGGCAGAAGAAGUUGUUAGUAGCAUGCUUGCCAAGGGCUUCAUCUUAGGCAAGGAUGCCAUCAACAGAGCAAAAUCUUUUGAUGAGAAGCAUCAAUUAACGUCCACUGCAACUGCCAAGGUUGUUUCUCUGGACAGGAGGAUGGGUCUUAGCCAGAAGAUAAGUGUUGGUACAUCUGUCGUCAAUGACAAAGUCAAGGAAAUGGACCAGAAAUUUCAGGUUUCAGAAAAGACCAAAUCAGCAUUCGCAGCUGCUGAGCAGAAAGUCAGUAGUGCUGGGUCUGCUAUCAUGAAGAACAGGUAUGUGUUUACUGGGGCAGCAUGGGUAACUGGUGCUUUCAAUAAGGUUGCUAAAGCAGCCGGGGAGGUAGGCCAGAAGGCAAAAGAGAAGGUUGGCAGCACGGCUGAAGAGGAACCAAAAAGAGGAGUUGAGGACCAUGCUCAGGUUCAUCACUCUGAGGCACCAAAAACUGAAAGUGAGCAGCCUUCCAAACCUGCACCUGCACAAGGGUUGAUUCUUUAAGACUAAAAUUUUGUAAAUAUCUUUGUCCUGGUUUUAGAUCCUAUUGCCUAUGAUUUACCAACUUUAUUGUUUUAGUUUGAAAGUGGUAAAUGUUGAAACAGCUUGCCCCUCUUGUUGAACAUGGUUGUUAUAUUCUAUUCAAUUCAGCUUUAAUUCCAACUAUUUGGGUUGAUUACA